UUCUCGUCGCUGUUGAGGAUGGACCAAUUACAUGAGUGCUUCCACGUGCUAAGGAGAGUCUCUCUGAUUGGUGGUUUCUCGCUGACGUCGUGACCAUCAUGGCCGCGUCCUCGUGUUGUGCAUGUGCGUGAGCGGCUGCUGUUUACUGAGACACAGGAGAAAAUGAAAGUUAAGAAGAAAAUGAAGUUUAAUAAGCCUCGGUUGAUCUCCUCUAAAAGAGGGAUCAUGGUGAAGGGCGAGUGGAAGGCGGUGAAUUUGGAUCCCAGUGUGUUCGCCAACGACGGACCGGAUGGGCUGGACGGGCUGGUGUGUUUCGAGGAGCUGACCGAUUACACACUCGUGGAGCCAAAAAAGGCCCUGACUGUGCAGGAACGCACAGAAACCACAAGCAAAAAGAAAAAGAAGAGAAAAGCUAGUGAGAUAGAAACUGAAGAGGAGGAUGUUGAAGAAAAACCUGGUAAAAAGAAGAAAAAGACGCAGAAGAAAAACAGACAGGAGGAGGAACCUCAGGACGAGUCUGUUCUAGAAGAGAUGGUGGAAGAUGAGCAGGAUUCAGGGGAUGAGAUCUCACAUGACGAGACUCCAGAAACACAACACAAAACGCCCAAGAAGAAGAAGAGGCAGCGGAAGAAGAAGAAGAAGAAAGCGCUUCCAGGUGACGCAGAAGCUCAGGCGGAGCCCGGUGUAGCUGCUCAGUCUCAGAAGAAGACCAAGAGCUGGAGCAGGCCGGCUCUCGUGGGUUCAGAGGGUUCGGGCGCAGACGUGUCGGCGUGGAAGGACCUGUUCGUACCUGAGCCUGUGUUAAAAGCUCUGAGCGUACUUGGGUAUUCAGCACCGACUCCCAUCCAGGCCCUCGCGCUCCCGCCGGCCAUCAGAGACCGACUGGACAUCCUGGGAGCGGCAGAGACGGGCAGCGGGAAGACGCUGUGUUUCGGUAUUCCGAUGAUCCACACCAUUCUAGAAUGGAGGAAAGCGUCAGACGGCAAACAGUCGACCGACGGACCCGAUGGCGCAGAGACGCGCGUGCAGAGCCUGUACCUGCCCGCGGAGGAGAGCGGAGACGCAUCUGCUGAACUGGAGGAAGAUCUGCAGGAGGAGGAUGGAGACGACCCCAGCGCUGAUGAAGCGAACGACUGCGAGACUGAUGACGUUACAGAACCUCAAACACAGACGAACACACACAAGCAGCCGCUGCUCGGCCUGAUCCUCACUCCCACCAGAGAGCUGGCCGUGCAGGUCAAACACCACAUCGACGCUGUGGCCCGCUUCACCGGUGUUAAGACGGCGAUCGUGGUCGGCGGGAUGGCGCCGCAGAAGCAGCAGCGGGUGCUGAUGCGCCGGCCCGAGAUCGUCAUCGCCACGCCGGGACGCCUGUGGGAGAUGAUCAGAGAGAAACACCCGCACCUGCAGAACCUGCGACAGCUGCGGUGUCUGGUCAUCGACGAGGCCGACCGCAUGGUGGAGAAGGGCCACUUCGCGGAGCUGGAAAACCUGCUGGAGAUGCUCAACACGUCCCAGUUCAACCCCAAGAGACAGACGUUCGUGUUCUCGGCCACGCUGACCAUGGUGCACAGCCUGCCGUCGCGCCUGCAGCAGAAGAAGCGCAAGAAACCGGAGCAGCGCAGCAAACUGCAGCUCCUGAUGGAGAAGGUGGGCAUCAAAGACAAACCCAAAAUCAUCGACCUGACGCGCAAGGAGGCCACGGUGGAGACGCUGACGGAGACCCGCAUCAACUGCACCAAGGAGGAGAAGGACCUGUUCCUGUACUACUUCCUGCUGCAGUAUCCCGGACGCACCAUGGUGUUCGCCAACAGCAUCGACUGCAUCAAGAGGCUGAACGCGCUGCUGCUGAUCCUCGACCGCAAUCCUCUGCCGCUGCACGCCAACAUGCACCAGAAACAGCGGCUGAAGAACCUGGAGCGCUUCGCCGAGAAGGACAGCUGCGUUCUGCUCACCACGGACGUCGCCGCUCGAGGCCUGGACAUCCCCAACGUUCAGCACGUCAUUCACUAUCAGGUUCCUCGCACGUCUGAGACGUACGUCCACCGCAGCGGCCGAACCGCCCGCGCCACCAGAGAGGGUCUCAGUCUGCUGCUGAUCGGGCCUGACGACCUGAUGAACUACAAGAAGAUCUGCAGGACCCUGCAGAAGGACGAAGACCUGCCCGUGUUUCCUGUGCAGAACGAGUGCAUGAAAGCCAUUAAAGAGCGAGUGACUCUGGCCUGGAAGAUCGAGAAGAUGGAGUACUUCCACAGCCGAGAGAAGCAGCACAACUCGUGGGUCCGACAGGCGUCCGAGGCCCUGGAGAUCGACGUGGACGACGACCUGCUGAUGGGUGGUAAGGGUGAGGAGGAGGACCGAGAGCAGCAGAGGAUAGUCAAGAGCCUGAAGAAGCAGCUCAAACAGCUGAUCGCCAAGCCGGUGUUCACACACCAAAUGAAGAGCAAAUACCCCACGAAGAUGGGUAAACUACAGCUGCCUCGCCUGCCCAUCGCCACAGCCGACACGGCGCUGGCCUGCGUGAGCCGCGACAGACUCCAGUGCUAGUUUGUUUUAGUAUUAUUUAAAUACAUAAAAAUGCAUUGUAACAAAAAUGCAUCUUUGCUUUGGGUGGGACAUUUAAAACAUUGCAAUAGAAAGCUGUCAAUGAAUAUCACAUUGGGGACAGAUGCUGCAGCAGAUUCGCGCCAAUGAGACAGUGAAAUCUGUAGAUGAUGAUGAUGAUGAUGAUGGCAGUGUUUCCCAUAAUCACUGCAGGAGUUCACAUUUGACACCUGUUCACAGUCCACACCUGACUAACCUCAUCAGACUUUGAAAUAGAUAAAGGACACGGCCAAAACCUGUCCUGCCGUGUGUCUCCAGGAACAGGGUUGGGAAGCGCUGGUUGAUGGCACACAUUUAAUGAUAUCUCUAUGGAUAUAAUGUCAGCAUCUUUUAUAUGAAGUGACAUUUCUAUAUUGGUUUUUAUUAUCAGCACUUGUGGACCGAUCCUGAUUCAUUCAUCUGUGCACCAUUUCUAUUAAAAACUUAACACAAACCAGAUUAUCUAUAAUGAACUAGAAAAUUGUUGCAUAGACUGCAACAAGUGAAAAAAAACUGCCCUUUGAGGGAAAUUUGUGCAUUUAUUUCCCUUAAUAUUUCUACAUUCUAAUGACUUGUUUUGUGUUAAAUUGGUCCAUUUUUCGUCUAGGGCUUUUCAUCCAUGCAUUUAACCCAAAGCGUUUACUGUCUCUCAUGUGCCUGAUUUUCUUCUGUGGAUGGCCAAAGGCUUAAGUUAAUUUGUAAAAAUGUGAUUCAACUGAAAUAUUCAUCACACUGUCCUUGUUGAAUCAUUAUUACACAGUUAAACCUGUUAUUUUUCAUGUUGAAGAAUAAAAACAUUUGAACAGGA